CAAUUGUCACCCAACCCCGCGAAACCUGUCAAAUGAUCGUUCAGCUUUAAAUUUCAUGUAAAUUUUAGCAAUAGACAAUACAUCAAUUUCUGUAAAUCGGCCAAGUUUUUUGGGAUUUCUUCUUCAAAUUAGGAAAUUGGAAUUGCUGGACUUUUACCUGUAAAGAUUUUGGCUAUUGAUUUGCCAUUUUUGAUGAAUAGAGUCUAACUGAAAUGAUGAAGCUGCAAACUUAUGCUGGGUUCAGUGUGGUAGCUGCAUUGGCUAUUAUUUACCAUGCCUUUGACAGUAGAGGCCAAUUUUAUCCUGCAAUGGUUUACUUGUCGACCUCAAAGAUCAGUCUAGUGCUUCUUCUGAAUAUGGGAUUGGUUUUUAUGUGCAUCCUGUGGCAAUUGACCAAGAAAAUCUUCCUUGGAUCACUCCGCGAAGCAGAGGUCGAGAGGCUGAAUGAGCAAUCAUGGCGGGAGGUCAUGGAAAUAUUGUUUGCAAUAACUAUUUUUAGACAAGAUUUUUCAGUUACAUUUCUUGCAAUGGUUACUGCCUUGCUUCUGAUUAAAUCGUUGCAUUGGUUGGCCCAAAAGAGGGUGGAAUACAUAGAAACAACUCCAACUGUUUCAAAGCUAUCUCAUGUGCGCAUUGUAUCUUUCAUGGUGUUCCUACUCCUUAUUGAUUGCAUCUUUCUGUAUGACUCAGUUGAUCAUUUAUUAGAAACCAGACAAGCUUCAGUUGCACUGUUCUUUUCAUUUGAAUACAUAAUACUGGCUGCAACAACCCUCUCAACCUUCGUGAAGUAUGUGUUCCAUGUCAGUGACAUGCUUAUGGAAGGACAAUGGGAAAAGAAGGCUGUCUGCACAUUUUACUUGGAGCUUAUCCGAGACUUGCUGCACUUGACUCUAUGCAUGUGUUUCUUCCUCAUCAUCUUUUUGAACUAUGGUGUGCCUCUUCACUUGAUCCGUGAGCUGUACGAGACAUUCCGAAACUUUAGAAUCCGUGUGGCUGAUUAUAUACGUUACCGGAGGGUCACUUCGAAUAUGAAUGAUCGUUUCCCAGACGCAAGCCCUGAAGAACUCAGUGUAAAUGACGCAACCUGCAUUAUAUGUCGAGAGGAGAUGACUGCAGCCAAAAAACUUGUAUGUGGACAUCUUUUCCAUGUGAACUGCCUCAGAUCAUGGUUGGAAAGACAAAACACAUGCCCUACAUGCAGGGCUCUUGUUAUACCACCUGAGCACGGGACAUCUACGAGUUCAACAAUGAUAAAUAGCCUGCAGCAAGGAACUGGUACGGCUGGUACUUCUACACAAGGAUCUAGUGGUGAUGGUGUGGCAAAUGAUAAUGUCAGUCAACAUCAGAUUAGACUCCAAGCAGCAGCAGCUGCCGCCUCCUUAUAUGAAAAAUCUUUUGUUUAUCCUUCUCCAAAUGCUCUAAUGCGAUCACCUGGAUUGGCCUCACCUUCACAAGUAUUUCAACAUUCGAUAAUGGCAAGAGAUGGUAGGGAGGGUGCUGCUAGUGAACUGACUGAACAGUUUGCCGAAACAACCUUAAAUCAGUUCCCACAUUUCAACUCGGGAUUUGGAGAUGGGAGUUCAUCAGAGUCUCAACUUGAUUUGCAAAGGAAGCUAAUCGAGCACCAGAUUGAGUUUCUGCAAAACCAGCUCCAGCUGCUAAGAACUUCAAAUGGGGAGAAAGUGAAGGAUGUGGGGACUUCAUUUGAUAUCAAAGGAAAAUCGGUAUCAUCACCAUCUUCAUCUGUGAUUGACUCUGGUGAGACCUAAAUGGUAGGAUCUGCGAAUCUAUUACACUCCACUAGGAGGCAUUAUAAGAGAAUGGAGAUGGAUAGUUUCAAGAUUAGCAUUUCUCAUGCUAACUGCUGCAUCUCCAUGAAAGAAUUUUUUAUUUUACGGCCCGUUGCUCCUCAAGAAGGAAGCUCUUAUACAAGUCAUGCACAUAAUGUAACAUAUGCAGAUUUGAGGUAACCUUCCAAGUUCAAAGUAUGGAGAAAUACUGCAGAUGAACAAUGCAUGUUUUUUUCAGUUUUUGGAUGGUGAAGAAUGUAUGAUGGACGAAUGCAGAUUUGGGUUUGAAUUUUAGAGGCAAAAUUUUUAUUUUUUAA